AUGGGAGAGCUGCGGGAAGCCAAGAAGAAGCUGAGCCGGGAGCUGCAGCAGGCGCAGAGGGGCCUCACCAAGAGCGAGCAGGAGGUGAACAAGCUGACUGGCCAGCUGUCCCGCACCGAGCAGCAGGCGCAGCAGGCCACGGUGAAGAAGAACCGCGAAGGCGAGAAGAUGGAAGAGGGCAUUGGCCGCAUCAGGCAGAAGCACGGCAAGGUCAACACCGUCCUCCGCGACAAGAUGGCCAACGUGGGCCAGGCGCGGGGCCGCUUGGCCCACGUGCAGUUCGCCCUGUCCAUGCUGGAGAAGGGGGUGAUCAUUGAGAUGGGCGAGGAGAACCAGCCGCAGGAGGAGACCCCGGCGCCCGUGCGCCGGCGCCGCCGCAGUGUGGGGGCCAACGGCGAGGGCGAGGGCGGCGAGGGGGAAGGUGGCGAGGAGGGUGAGUACAUGGAGGGCGAAGAGUUCGAGGGGAGCGAAGAGUUCCAGGAGGGAGACGUCUUCACAUCGGAGAUGCGCCAGGAGUUCGAGCACUUGCGGGAGGAGAACCGCCAGCUCCGGGAGCACCUAGCGGACUCGGACCAGCGCUGCGCCAGCGCUGUGCAGCUGCUGCAGCAGGCGCAGGAGGUUUUGGAGCACCGUAGCUCCGCCAACCACGAGGAGAGCUCGGAGAAGUCCUUCCUGGGCAAGGAAAACCUGGACCAGCCCUUGGACGCCACCAUGGACACAGUCUCUACGAUGCACAGCAGCCGCGAGAGCCCCGCGGAGUCCCCGAACCUCCGGCGCUGCUUCACGCAGCCGGCGCUCACGGCACAGUCCCCGGCCAGUACCGUGCAGUUCCCUUCCCUGCUGGCAGGCCAGAAGCCAAUGGAGAAGCCCAUGAUGUAUGCGGGCAUGCCGCCGAGCCGCAUGGUGAGCAUGCCGGGCGGCACCUUGCCGGGCGCCACGCCGGGCGCCAUGCCGGGCGCCAUGCCGGGCAUGUUGCGGCCUUUCGGGUACCAGCCCACGCCCUUCCCGACGCCAUGA